AUGUUCAAAAAGCUUGAAAUAAACAUCCCUUUUUCGGAGGCACUAGAACAAAUGCCAAUAUAUGCCAAGUUCAUGAAAGACGUCAUCUCUAAGAAACGUUCCACUGAUAUAGACCUGAUCAUCCUAACUGAAACAUGCAGUGCCAUUCUCCAAUGCAUGAAAAUCCCAAUGAAAAAUAAAGACAGGGGAUCAGUUACUAUUCCAUGCACUAUUGGUGAUAGGAAAUUCAAUAAAGCUCUAAUUGACUUAGGAGCAAGUGUAAGCUUGAUUCUACUAUCCAUCUAUAAGAAAUUAGGCAUUGGCACUGUUCAAGAUACUCGAAUGACACUUCAGUUUGCAUAUCGCUCUGUUAGGCGACCCUGUGGGAUUGUGGAAGACGUUCUUGUAAAAAUUGAUAAGUUUCUUUUCCCAGUUGACUUCCUCAUUCUGGAAAUGCCUGAAGAUGAGGAAAUUCCUCUCAUAUUGGGCAGACCAUUCUUGGAAACAUGA